AUGUUCAUCAGGUCACCGCGUGUUCCGCUGUGGUCGAAUUACGAAGGGCAGUGGAACUCCAGUUCGAACACACUCGUUUCGAAACACCCACACAUUCAAGUUAUUUUAUCACAGUUGUUGACAAGAUGUGAGUGGCGAGCAGCGAGUCAGCGUCAGCACGACGAGGAGCGGGGCUGUCGAGUGGUGCUGUCGUCUCGAGUGUACUCCGGUUCUGUAGCGCCGGCAGCAGAGACCGUGGGUGCCGCUUGUGGCUCGUGUGGUGGUGCUCGCGUCGGAGAUUGUCACCAAGGGGUGUCUGGUGACUUGUCGCUGGAAAGGUCGAUCAGCAGAGGCCUGGGUGCUGCUCGGAGGUCCGCGCGGUACUCGCAUCGUCGCUUAUCGUCUCGAAAUUUCCAUUCAACGUGA